AUGGCUGAGAUGAAGAGGGGUGAAGAGGACGAAGGGGAUCGAGAAGACAGAAAGGCUGACUAUGUGGUUACUUGGGAUAAAGAUGAAUUUUUCGUAAUUCAAGGAGUCAAACUCGAGAGAAAAACAAUGCACUAUCCACAACUGCCUCAGAUUAUUAUAGAAUCGAAGCUCCCCAGUGCCAAGUCUACAAUACUCGCCACAGUCCAAAUAAAGUUUGGUCAAGGAGAUUCAGGGAAUAAGGAUUCAACUUUUGUUUUAUUUUGGAUACAAACUCAAUAUUACUGUUAUGGACUGAACUCAAAUUUAGAAUCUAAAAUGUUUGCUGACUUGGGCCUUCGAGGAUGUACUCGAGCUCGCGAGGUUGGAUAG